AUGCCCACUGUCCUGUUCUUGUGGAUUGUUACUCUAGCACACUGUGCUCUUGCAGGACAUGUUUGCCAUAAGCCCCCUGAAGUGCCAUUUGCUACAGUUGAUGUAGACAAGAGAGUAUAUGAAGUAGGUGAAGAAAUUACAUACACCUGUGAUCCUGGUUAUAGCCAUCAGAGUGGCUCAAGAAAGUAUACUUGCCCUUUGUCUGGUAAAUGGCCUAUCAAUAGAAUGAGAUGUAUACCAAAGAAAUGUCCCUAUCCUGAAGCCAUGAGAAAUGGAAUAGUUCACGUUAUCGACUUGAACUAUCAAGGUUUGAUACACUUUUCAUGUGAACCAGGAUACAUUCUUCAUGGAACAGACACUAGCCAGUGCAUGGCAGAUGGACAGUGGAGUGGAAAACUACCUGAAUGCCAACCUGUGACUUGUCCUCCUCCCUCACUUCCUGAAUUUGGAGUUAUUUCGUACCAUAAGCUAAUGCCUGGAAAUGAGUCCGUCUUCCAAGACAUUAUCCGUUUUGAAUGCUUACCAUCUUUUGCAUUGUUUGGAAAUGAAACCGCUACUUGCAUGGCCAAUGGGAACUGGAGUGAUAUACCGGAAUGCAGGUAUGUAAAAUGUCCACAUCCAACAGGGAUAGAAAAUGGAUUUAUAAAUUUUGAAGUUCGCAGAACCUAUCAUUAUAUGGAUAGCGUCGAUUUUGGCUGCCAGCCUCAUUAUGUGCUAGAAGGACCAAGGGAAUCAAGGUGUGAAAAAACAGGUAGCUGGUCCAUCAAGCCAACCUGUAAAGCACCAUGUAAAAUACCAGUUAAGAAAGCCACAGUGUUAUACAACGGCCGGAAGAUAAAAGUUCAGAAUGACCUCAAGGAAGGGAUACAGCAUGCUGAAACUAUUUUCUUUUUCUGCAAAAAUGAAAUAAAAAAGUGUGGCUAUACCAUACCCACUCAGUGUAUAAAUGGCCAACUCACAGUCCCUUCCUGCUUUAAAGAAAUUGGUAUUUUUGCAGCUAUUUGGAAAACGGAUCCAGCAGACUUGACACCAUGUGAUCCCUGA